AUGAUGCCGGACACCCGGCCAUCCCCUCGGCCAGCGCGCCAUGCCCAAACCCGGGCAUUGGUCUUUUCCCGGUCUCCCACGCACUCCCCCCGGCGGCCGGCCUCCCCGCCGACUCCUCCCCAGCCCACAACCCCGCCACAGCCAAUCGAGCCGGCCGCCGUGCCGCCGGCCGUGCGCGCGCCUGUCUUCCAUGCGGAAAGCCCCUCAUCCGCCAGGCCAGGCCGCCACCAUGCCACCCAGCAGGGGCCCAUGAGCCUGCGCCAGGUCCAGCUCCAUCACAUGCCGCAGCACCAGCCCCAUCAGCAACCUCGGCAACAGCCCCACACCCACUCGCAGAUGCUCUUCCCCGGGCCGGGUCAGCGCACGACCUCCCAUCGGACGCAUAUGCAGACGCUCCUGCUCGCGGAUCCCACCCCGGUGACUUCCUCCUCCGCAGAGGUGCUCCUACGUGCUGGCACAUCUGGCGGCGACCUCCUGCAGUCUGGCCGGCAGCCGCUGGCAUACCAUCAUGGGCCCCUUCUGACCGAUGGGCUCAAUGAGCGACUUCAGGCAGCAUCCCUGCUUCAAGGCACCGGGGGCGCCAUCGACCAUGGUCCGACCGAGAAUGUGGUCACUUUCACCGGCUCGGCCGAGCCGCGAUCGCCUGAAGGCCCCCCAAUGCGCCGCCUCGCCGCGACUAGUCCCGCUCGUCGGCCAGGGUCCACCGUUCGCCGGUCGCUCUUUUCGCAACAGCGCGCCGGGGUCCGGUCCCGGGACAAGGCCCCCCCGGCGGCCGGCCGACUGCCGGCCCUCUUUACCAGUGACGCGUCGAUGGACUCCUUCUUGAAGGACAUCGAGGAGGCCUUGAGCAUCGCCUCCCCCGGGGAUCGCAUGCCAUUGGAGGGCCUCUGCCAAAGGACCGACAUCCCGCCCCGAUGGGAGGCGCAUCGGACGGCACAGUCGCCACCGGGGGCGCCUCCCACCCCGGCUCGCGGGCCAGCCCCGCCCUCUACCCCGACUCGAGGCGUGCCCGCCGCCCGAAGCCGCUGCACACCCCUGACCCCAGUGCGGGGGGGACCCCUGGCCCCGGGAUGCGGGGCCCCAGUGACGCCGGUGCGUGGGGUACCGAUGUCCCCGCCGCGCGGCACCCCGGUGUCCCCGCUCCGGGGCAUGGGCCCCGCCUCGCCCACGCGCCCCUCCCCUAAGGUGCCUCACCCAGGGCUCAUGCUGGCGCCGCCCAUGGCUGCCGGCAUCGACCUUUCAGCCUGCCAGUACCCCUAUCCCGGACAGCCACUUUCUCCACUGCAACAUCAGCAGCAGCAGCAGCAGCAGCAGCAGCAGCAGCAGCAGCAGCAGCAGCAGCACUCGUUCCUGCAGCAUCAUACCUCUCAGUGCCGGUGGGCGACCGGACACCCUCCCGGGCAACAGACUGUUCGCAUUGCCGAUCUCCCGAACCCGGAGCAGGCCUUGUGCGCGCUUCUCCGCGAGCGCACUCUGGCCGAGCGGGCUGAGGCACGCCGGCGGCGUGAUGCCAACUUCCUUCGCCUCGGCCAGCGGCGGCCGUCUGGCCGCCGGGAAGCCGAGCGCCCGGGCUCCUGGCUGGUGGGCAGCGAGUUCGCCCAAAUCCUCCAGGAAGAAACUGCCGCUGUCCAGCGCCGGGGUGCCCUGCUGGACGCGCUGGAGGCCAUGCAGUGUGUUUUGGACCAACUCCACGCACGCUCGCCUCUGGGCAAUGUACACAUUGGCCUGUCGGGGCUGCCCCACGGCCAGGCGCCCUGCCCGGCUGCCAGCCCACCGGCAGGCCGCCAGCAACCCUCUUUUGGCGGGCUGGCCCUGCGCACGGUGGACGCUUUGAUGCACGAGGGCGGCGUGUCAGUGGCCAGCCUUCGGCAUAUCGAGCAAAUCCAGGAAAACAUCGAACAGUGCCGCAACGAGAUCCUUCAGGUAUCCGAGCUCAUCGAGGAUAUCCUCCGGCGCAGGCGCGCCUUGGACCUGGAGCUCGGGGAGGCAAUGCGCGAGGAGCAGCGAAUCGCCGCCGAAGACGCCUCGCGCUUCAACGACUUCCCGGUUCUCCAGGGCAGGUACCUGCUGCUGAAGCUCCUCGGCCGGGGAGGCUUCAGCGAGGUGUAUCAGGCGCGCGACCUGCGCACCGGGGUCGAGGUCGCUUGCAAGAUCCACCAAUUGGACCCGGCAUGGUCGCCCGCACGCCGGGAGGCCUUUCUCCGCCACACCCGGCGCGAGGUGCAGAUCCUCCGAGCCUUCUCCGGGCCGCGCCUGGUGCGCAUGUACGACGUCUUCCCCUUCGCCCCGGAUGCCUACUGCAUGGUGAUGCAGCUGUGUCAGGACGGCGACCUGGAUCAACUCCUCCGCCGGCGGGGCUGCCUCCCCGAGCCGGAGGCCGUGGCCUAUGCCAUGCAGAUCCUGGCCGGGCUGUGCUAUCUGAGCGCCCGGCAGCCGGAUGGCCGCCACUUGGCCGUCGUCCACUAUGACCUGAAGCCGGCCAACAUCCUGCUGAACCAUGGGCGCGCCCUGAUCGCGGACUUUGGCCUGGCCAAAAUCCUCCAGGAGACCCCGGAAGGCCGGCCCAUGGCCCUGCUGCCAGACGGCCAAUCGGCAACGGGUCUCGCCACCGAGCCCAUCCCCCGGUCCGCGGCCGAGGAUGAGGACGAUGGGGUGGAGCUUACCAGCAUCGGCGCCGGGACACAUUGGUACCUGCCGCCCGAGUGCUACACCCCGCGAAGGGAGGAGCUACGAGCCGCGGCCGCCGACGCCGCCGACACCGAGCCACCCCCCUUGAGCCCCAUGCUGCCUGCCGGCCAGGUGCCAGCGGCCGCCGCCGCCGCCGCCCCCGCCGCCGCCCCCGCCCCCGCCCCGGUCGCCACUCCGGGCCGGCCCCGGAACCCGGCCACCGGCAUCUUGGCCGCCAGCCCGCCGCGUAUCUGCACCAAGGUCGACGUCUGGUCCCUCGGGUGCAUCCUCUACCAACUGCUCUUCGGGCAGAAGCCCUUCGGCCAGGGGGUCCGGCAGGAGGACUUCUUCCAGGCCCGGGUGGCCCGCGCCGGCCAGGACCGCCGGGCCAUGCGCCGCCUGGACUGGGAGGCCCGACAGCGGGCGGCCGAGCUCUCGACGCCGGGGGGCCCGGCCUCCGGCUCUGACACACCGGUCCCGGUGGUUCUGGUUGCCGGGCAGGCACUGGCCUUCCCCCCGGGGAUUCCCGUGUCCCCAGAGGUCAAGGCCUUCAUCGGCCGAUGCCUCAGUGUGCGCACUCGCAGGCCCACGGUCAAGGACUUGGUCUUCGAGGACCCCUUUGUCCGGGCGCACAUGCCACCCUCGCUGCUGCCGACUUCCUUUCAAAUUACUCUGCGGUCGAUGGCCGCGCGCCAGGCCCCGGGGAUCGAUGGGGGGUGAGCACACGCGGCGAACUUUUGCCCGAGCAACAAUGCACCUUUCGGCCCUUGCCA